CCCUCUUCGCGCACGUGCCUUUACUUUUUUAUGGCGAUCCGCAAUAAAUGUCGAGAUUGCAGGCGGAUAAGACACGGGCGGGAAAGAGGAUGAUAUUUUUGGGAUACAGACCGAAGACGACGCCAAGUGAUCCCUAUAUAUUUCCUUGUUUCGAUUCUAGGUUUAUGGUCCAAGGAGAAGCCAUAGAGCGCAAGGUUGAGAGAGAAAGACUGUUGUUGGAAGUGAAGCUAUGGGUUCAGGGGAAUCAGUUGUGACGGAAGGAGAGGGAGGCGGCGGUGGGGCGAUGGAUGCGGGUUCAUUGUGUUCGAUCUGCUUUGAGGGGGUGAUUGCCGGAGGGCGGUCUAUGGCCAAGCUGCAGUGCCGCCACGAGUUUCAUCUAGAUUGUAUAGGUUCAGCCUUCAAUGCUAAAGGAAUGAUGCAAUGUCCCAACUGUCGCAAUGUUGAGAAAGGCAACUGGCGUUAUGGAAACGACAAUUCCCUUUCGCCAUCAGUUAGCAUGGAUGGAUGGACACAUGCUGAUGAACUUUAUGAGCUUAAUUUUUUGGAAAUUCCUUACACAAUUCGCUGGUGUCCAGUUAAUAGGAUAGGAAGGGUUACAUCAUCAUUCGGGAAUGCAGAUUCAUCUCCAUCAGGACCUUUUGAGGACUUCGUAGGGCCGAAUGUCUUCACUGAGUUACCAUCUAUUUCAGUACCUUCUCACCCAUGCCCACAUUUUUCUGGUUUCGAUCAAGCUCAGACAGCAUCAGCUCCAACUUUCCACGCUUCUUCUGGCAUCAUUACUGACACUAGUUUAUAUCAUCCUCAAUGGAGCCAAGUUUUGGACUUCGCCGAGGUUCCUUCUUCUCUGAGUUUACAUACCAGCGAUGCCCAUUACCAGGGCUGGGAUCGAAGUCAAUCAACAUACUCCCAUCCUAGAGACUUCGUCACAGCUUCCAAUCGGACUUCUUCUGGCAUUGUUACUGACACUAGUUUAUAUUAUCCUCAAUGGAGCCAAGUUUCCGACUCCGCCGAGGUUCCUUCUUCUCUGAGUUUACAUACCAGCGAUGCCCGUUACCAGGGUUGGGAUUGCAGUCAAUCAACAUACUCCCAUCCUACAGACAUCGUGACAGCUUCCAAUCGGGCUCCAAUUUCUCAUGCGGCACCACCACACGGUACAAUGCUCGAGGAUAGUGGUCCACCCGGACGAGCUGGUUAUCUUUCCUAUUCCUUUAACGGACGGUACGGAAUCUAUGGUUUACCUGUGCAUCCUCAUCCUAACAGAAGCAACCGAACUCCUGUGCACAAUCGGGAACUCCAUCAAGAAACUAAUAUAACUUUAGAGCAAUGGCUUGCACAAAAUUCGAAUGCCGGCCGUUCGAUCUGGCCCCCAUCGGAUCACACGGCCACGGACGUAUACAUGUACCCUUUCCCGCCCUCAUUUAACAUCAGCAUAAGAGAUAUGACGAACACUGGAGCCCAGGUACUGCGAUCAGGAGCUCAGUUGGUGCCAAUUAUGGUACGGAGUAGCUCGAUAGAAUCUGGCAGCCGGACGUUUUUCGAACACAGAAAUCCUUCGACUGAAAGUCUAAUAGUUCAGACGAGGUUGGAUAAUUCGCAUCAUGGGGCAAAUAGAGUGAGAUCACCUUAUUUUUGAGACCCAGUUGGCUAGUGAUCCUUUAUUCUGCAGUCGGCUUAAACUUUGAAUAAUUAUUCCUUUUGAUUCACUUUUUUUCUUUUUAUUUAUUUAUUUAUUUAUUUAUUUAUUAUUAUAAUUACUAUUUUGCAAUAAUAAUUGAGGAUGAGUCCUCAUUUGACUGUGCUACAAACUUUCAGCACACCUUUUGUAAAUUUAAAUGGCAUUUGUUAUUGUUAGAGAAGAGAUUGGUCAGCUUUGUUGGCUGAAAACCUUAAAUGACUAUCUCAUGGUUACAGUUGAUUUAUCUCAAUAUGAUCUCUUGGU